GAAGUCAGUAGAACUGGUACAAUUGGAGCUAAACCAUGACGCCUAAUUUAAAUUCAAAGGUCACUUUGAAUUGGUACGACUAUGCCAUCUUUGUAGGUACUUUAGUUUUCAGUACUAUGAUCGGAAUCUAUUACGGAUGCUUCGGAACUAAACAAGCAACAACCAAAGAGUACCUAAUGGGAGGAAAAACUAUGAAAAUCAUUCCUAUAGCAAUAUCAGUAGCAGUGAGUCAUAUUUCUGGAAAUUUACUACUUAUAACAGUGUCAGAUGUCUUCAGAUACGGAGCUAGCGUUUGGUUGCUUACUAUUUCGUUUGUUGUUAUGGGGUUUCUAGCCAAUUUUGUUUACCUUCCCGUGUUCUUUAAACUGCGACUGACCAACAUUUAUGAUUAUUUGAAGGAAAGAUUCGACACGAAAACACGAAUGUUAGCUAUUGUGUUUUACCUGAUUGCUGAGAUUCUUAUAUUUCCAGUGCAUGUGUACAGUUCAUCCUUGACAUUAGCUACUGCUAGUGGUUUUAAUGUAAACCUGAUAGCUUUUAUUUUAUCAGCUGUCUGCGUCUUCUACACUUCAGUAGGUGGUUUUAAAACCGUCAUUUGGACCGAUUUGUUUCAGUUUGGUAUAAUAAUGGCAUCUAUUAUCACCGUUUAUGUAGUUGCUCUUAGGUUAUGUGGCGGAUUUUUACCGGUGUGGAACACAGCUAUAGCUGGGGAAAGACUACAAGUUUUUAAUUUCGAUGUUGAUCCUAGAGUAAGAGAUAGCUUCUGGGCAUACUUCAUAGGUGCUGGAGCUCUCUUUGCGGCCAACGUAGCCUGUCGUCAAACUGGUGCCCAAAAAUUCCUAACAUUGGCAAAAUCUACAGACCUUAAGUGGUCUAUUACACACACUGUAAUUAGUAUGUCAGUGGUCCACACUUUGUGUGUUUUCGUUGGCUUAGUGGUUUACGCCAAGUACGAAAACUGUGACCCUUUGACUAGUCACAUGAUCUCAAAACAUGACCAAAUUUUCCCGUACUUUAUAACCGAGAUCGGUGCUGGGGUGCCAGGAAUCUCUGGUCUCUUUAUAGCAGCUAUUUGGAGUGCAGCCUUAAGCUCAAUGUCUUCAAACUUAAACGCUAUCGCUGGUGUUAUAUAUAAAGACGUUGUGUACUUAUUUUUCAAGAAAAAACCUUCCGACAAUAGUGGCAGUGGUAUUUUGAAAGUGAUAGUUGUCGUUAUUGGAACCGUUUGUACUUGCUUGGUGUUUACAGUGGAAUUCUUAGGAGACAUACUUUCUAUUGGUGCAGUAGCACUAGGUCUUACGCAAGGACCGAUGUUGGGAGUUUUCACACUAGGAAUUUUGUUUCCAAAGGCAAAUCCACAGGGGGCCUUCUACGGUAUGCUUGGAGGUUUAACAGCUACUAUUUGUCUUACACUUCCUACCAAGUAUUACGAACUGAGUGGUUUGAUAAAGUAUCGUACGAAACCGCUGUCAAUAAGUGGUUGUGCUCUGAUUAACCAAACGUUAACGACUACCAAUUUUACUUCCUUAAAUGGUACCGUUUCCUUCCAACCCCCGUCCAUUUUUAAGAUUUCGUUUUACUAUUACACGUUUUUUGGAGCCAUCAUGACCAUCGUUUUCGGUUUAAUUAUCAGCUAUAUGUCAAAGAGUGCUUCGGUUGACAGAAAACUGCUAAGUCCAUUGAUAUACAAGUAUUUACCGGAAGAAUGUCGAGACGAAGAAAAGGUGCCUUGCGUUAGCGUACAAAAACCAUUGCAAAUAGGUGAUUAGAAAUCUAUUUAACUUGGUGCUAAUAUAUGAAUGUUUACUUUGAGCAUGUUUGUGUUAAAGUGUUCGAAUACUAUCAACGUUGGUUAAAUUCUUAUAUUUAGCUGUAUCAAUAGCAGUAU